GAUGUUUACAAGUUUGUCUUAGAGGUUAUUGGAAACACAUCCAUCGUACUAUGUUAUAAUUGUCUUGUACAUACUUAACCCAAUAAUGUUUACUAUUUUCGUAUCUAUCUCAAGUGUGUAGGAAAAUCCACGUUCUGUUCUUAUAAGUAAAUUCUAUAUAGUUUUUUAAACAAACGUUGAAGUUUCUAUAUCAGUUGGAAAUAUAUAUCAGAAAUAAUUAGCUAUGAGAGACAUACUGCAAUGUUUUAUGAUGCUAAAAGUGGUAAAAGACUAAAAUAGUUCUCAACUACGCAACGUGUCAAUAACCUUAUAAUUCAGUUAGCCAGUUAAUGCUUUAUAAAAUACUCAAAGGUGAUCAUCUUAAGAUAUGUAUAGAAAAUAUGUAUCAGUGAUUUUACUGCAAUUAUUGUGUGUGAUCUUAUCUAUACAGUCGAUUUAUACAAAGAAGGAGGAAAUAGAGAGACUACAGAAAGAAAUUGGUAAGCUCUCCCGUCAAGUUAUGCUACAACAAUUAUUUAUAGAAGAAAAAAUUCGAAGUGACGGCGAUUCAGGUUUGAAACAAACGAGAAUUAUAAACGAUGGAACAAAACCGUACCACUUUCCGACAACGAGAUCAAAACGGGGAGUUGCAGCCAUUCAUGAUCACUCCCAUAUGAAACGUACAAUAGGUGUCGGUGAAUUUGUUGCCGUGUUAAAUGGAGUUGAAUUCAGAACACGACAUAAUGAUCCUGAACUACGCAUGCCAAGUACUACAUCAAACAAUUUCUUAGAAACUGAAGAAAUACCUUUCCCUGAUGUUCCACCUGAGGUAAUACAGAAACCUACUGAGGCUGAACAGGUACAAGAAAUGCGCGAGUGGUUUAGGGCUUUUAAUAAUCAAAAUUACACAGAAAGGGACUAUCGCAAAUAUUUCAAACCUGUUCUGUGUUAUCUAGAGGGAAUGUGGGUCUAUGAUAACUAUUCUCAUAUAUUGGAACCAUUUUUAAGUGACAGGCAUCAGUUUGAUGCAAGCACUUUUAAUGACCUUGAAGAGAAAAUAAUGUUCACAUCUUACGGAGGACGAAAAGACGGUCUUGAAAAUUUUGGAUGGCUCCCAAAAACUAUAAUUAAUAUUGAAAAUGGGAAAUCCCCAUUAUACGGCCAAUGGAUAUAUAGAAUUGUUUGUCAUCCUUUGAAGCGUGAUCUUCCAUUAAACCGUUUGCGCAUGGCCGAUGAUUUAAGCUCGAGAAUGAUGUUCCUACGUUCAGAAGAGGAGGAGAUAAAGACUAGACGUGCCCGUUUUAAACUAAAUCAACGUGACAGUAACGUCUGGAAUGAAAGAUUCAAUCAAAAUCCCGCUUUAAUUGACAGCUUAAUGAGUGAAAUACCCGGAUUAGACAACUAUGGCGGUAACUUGACAGACGAAGCGUUAAAUCUUCCAGCAUAUAGUGCUGAUGGUAAAAACAUGAAAAAGAAAAAGUUAUUAAACAGUGCAUAUUAUCAUCGAUUUUGGGAGGAGAUUCGACCUGAUUACAUGCGUUUAUCGUUACGAAAAAGAGCUUUUUCUGACAGCAAUCUGUUUAUGUCGAUGACAUCACAACCACAAGUUGGAGGGAAAAGUUUAAACUAUUGCACAAAAGAGGAAUCAUUACAGAACAAACCUUGUAAAUAUUACAACCAGCGAUGGUCAUAUGCUGUUCCAUUUGAAAUCAUAUACCUUAACCCACUUAGCAAUUGGAAUCCUUAUAAUAUUACCUACAAAGGUCAUUACAAGAAUGACCCGGAAGCACAAUACGUUACAGAGAAAGGGAAACGAAAUGGCGGUAAUGAUAUUCAUACAGCAUAUAAUGGUACAAAUAGUUGGUAUUUUUUCCAAACCCCACAAAGUUUUUAUAGUGGAAAAGAAAGGAAAAGGGGAAACGCGGGAAACGGAGGCGUCGGUGUGUUAGAUCGAACCGGAAAAGUCAGAUAUACCAGGUCAGCAGGUAUUCGGGUAUUUCUUCCAGAAAUUAAAGAUAUAGGGAUCAUUCGUCAGAGAUACCCAAUCAUGCCACUCUAUAGCGAAGGUAACGCCGCGUAUAAAGAAAUGGAAUCUCUAAAAGACAUAGUUUUGGAAAAUAACAAAUAUCUGAAAAUGUUCCACAAUGUACUUGAAGAUGAAAGUAUUGAAAAAUUGAGAAAGAAACAGAUCAAAUUGUCUAUGAAAAGUGGGAUAACGCUGAUAAUGUCAAUGGCAACCAUAUCCAAUCCGGGUCCGCAUACUCAUUAUAUUGAUUUAUCAGCAGAAAACGUCAAAGCCUUAAAAUCGAAUAAAAAGUUAAAUGUUAGAAGCAGUGAGGAUAGUGGUCAUUUUCAUCGUGUUAAAAUUAUCUACCGGCCACAUCUUAGUAAUCCAUUCGUUAUGAAACGGUGUGACAACAAAAGGAAAUGUUGGGAUGGACAUAAAAAGCUUUUACUUGAAAACGAGGCGCAAAUGCCGGAAGUCGAAGAAGCGGGAAAAGACGUAAAUGAAGACGAGAGACCAGAGAGUUAUAAUGAAUAAAUUUUACACUAAUAUUUUUCUGGAUCUAAACACUAAAAAAUUGCUCUACAGAAUAUUUGAUUAAGAUGGCAUUUAUAUGCAUGUUGCAUGUUGCAAUUUGUUAUACCAGCUUACUAUGGGGAUAAAUCAUUUUGACUGUG